AUGGACGCGACAUUCUUUAUUGGUAUCUCAGAAUGUCUAGUAUCGACUAUCUUGUAUGGAUCAGCCUUUGUGCCAAUUAAACCGUUUUACUUUGGAGAUGGGGUUUAUUCAUUGCAAGUUAGAAGUAUAGCAGUUUUGAUGUUAGGCAUAUCAAUAGCUGUAGCACGAGGAGUAUUUUACUUCUACCCUGUUGUUAUGAUUGGCGGAGCUUUUUGGACUAUUGGUAAGUUAGUUUGUAUAUAAUAGUGAUUGCAUUGUAGAUUUUAUGUAGCUUUAGAAAUAGCUCUAACUCUAGCUUCGGCUUCAGUUCUAGCUCUAACUCUAGCUCUAGCUUUAGCUCUAGACCUAGCACUAGCUUUAGACCUAACCUUGGUUCUAGCCUCAACCCUAGGUCAAGACCAGCCUUACUCUAAACUGAUUCCAGCUUUUAUUCAACCUUAUUCUAGGUAAUGUACUGUAAUUUUCAAUUUUUAGCAAACUUGAUAGUUUUACCAUGCAUUGGUGAACUUGGACUAGCAGUAACUGUCUUACUGUACAGUUUCACAAACUGUUUAACAAAUUGGGCUACUGGGUACUAUGGAUUGUUUGGUACAAAUCCUAGACCACCUACUGUGGCAUGGUUGAAUUAUAUUGGACUACUGUUCUUGUUGAUUGGGUAAACGACUAUAGGUUGUUAGGCUAGUUAUUUUGAAAAAAAGAAGGAAGAGAGGGGGGGGACAAAUAAUUUUUUUGUGUACAUGUAGCUAGCUUUAUUAAACUGAAAUUUGAUAAAAAACUUUACAAAAUAAAUAUUUUAGUGGAGUCCUAAUAGCCUUCAUAAGAUCAUCACCAAAGAAACAAACAGCUACAGUAACUACCAGCUCUUCAGUCGAAGCUUUCGUUGAGAUUGAGUCAAAGAAGACCGUUGACAGCUUACCAGAAUUUACUCAAAUUGAAAAACCUGUCAUUGAAGAAAGCGAAAAAACGGCUCUAACGCCUAAAACAAGGAGGUUGAUGUGAGUUUUAAAAUUUUUUGAAAAGUUGGUUUUGGGGUACUGUAACUUUUUUUAUUUGUGUUUCGGAAGGAAAUUGUUUAUUUUUCCAUUUUUUUAUAAUUUUUUGAUGCCUUACUUUUGAUCUAGCGCUAGUUCUAGCCAUAGCCCCAACCCUAGCUCCAACUUUUUUAAAAUUUAAACUUUUUUUAUUUUUUAAAAAAAUUGUAGCCAGACGCUAUUGUUAGAAAGAUACACUCGUGGCAUGUACUGCAUUUUUAUUUUUUUUCAAGUGUUUUAUUUACGCAAAUCGCACGAGUUUUGGCUACAACUUACGAAAAACUACUCGACUCCUACGUUAACUGCCAUUUUAAUUGUUCUAGCGUACAAAUUACUAUUUUGCAAUUAUCUUUACGGUAAUUGUGAAGAUAAAAUGAUAUUACAGAGGAACUUUUGUAUAACGAACAUGUGUAUAAAAAAGCUUUCGUUUAACAAAAAAAUUUAAAAUUUUCAAGCAAUCGCCCGAGGGUUAUUAUAGUAUAACAUUUAACUUGAUAUCGUAUUAAAAAUGAUUGAUUCAACAAUCUUUCAGAGCCGUAUCUUUCUCACUGUUAGCCGGUUUCUUCUAUGGUGAAAACGUGACUCCAGUUGUUUAUGUUCAAGACCAUCUUGAGAUCUACCCAGACGCACCACAGGAUGGUCUGUCAUACUGUUUAUCGCAUUACACGGGAAUAUUUCUGACAGCUUCUUUGAUAUUCUUCACUUACAGCGUGGCAAAGUAGGUUUAUAUUACUAAAAAUGUUUUGAUAUUGUAGUUAAUACAUUUAUAAAAAGUUUUGUUUAACAAUAAUGAGACAGACGAUGUUGUAAUGAAGUUAUUCUAAAAUUAAGAAUUUAAAAGUACGAGCUUUGCAAAUGCAAAAUAAAGGCUUAUGGCCUUCAUUUGCAUAUCAAUACCUUAAAAUUUUAAUUGUUUCAGAAAGAACAAGCCGUUUGUAAGUGCCGAGCUAACCGUGCCAUCCUUUCUAUCUGGCUUUAUUUGGGGAACAGCCCAAACUUUAUUUAUUGUUGCCACAAAACACUUGAGUCAAUCGGUGUGUGGCCCUAUUGGUGCCAUCUUCCCCGGCUGUAUUGCUUCAUGCUGGUCGUUGUUCUACUUUAAAGAGAUUCAGGGUACCCGAAGUGUAAUCAUGUUAAUAUUGUCCAUUACUGUGACUGGCCUUGGGGCGAGUUGUAUUGCGAUCUCAAAGAAUCUGUGA